AUGACUAGGAUUCGUAGACAGUCUCGGCACGCCCCAAUGGUGGCCAUUUGUGGCAUUGGGCUGCGUCUGCCCCAAGGCGUUCGGGAUACUGAUGCGUUCUGGGACGUCCUUGUCAACGGAAAAGACCUCCGGAGCCACGUGCCCGAGUCCAGAUACAAUCCCCAGGGGUUUGCCAAUACUCUGGGAAAGAAGGGUGCCAUCGAGACGCAGUACGGCUACUUUGUCGAUGAAGACCUGGGAUCUCUCGACACGAGCCUGUUCUCGAUGAGCCGGAAAGAACUCGAGAGGUGUGAUCCACAACAACGCCAGUUCCUCGAGGUCGUUCGCGAAGCACUCGAGAAUGCCGGCGAGGUCAACUACCGUGGCAAAGCGGUGGGAUGUUAUGUGGGCACCUUUAGCGAAGAUUGGCUGCAGAUGGUGGCACGAGAACAGCAGCACGCCGGAGGCUACCUGCUAACCGGCCAUGGAGAUCUCAUGAUUGCCAACCGCGCAUCGUAUGAGUAUGACUUGAAAGGCCCAAGCAUGGUCAUCAAGACAGGCUGCUCGGCAUCGCUUGUGGGCCUUCACGAGGCCUGUCGCGCACUGCAGAAUGGCGACUGUGUUGGCGCCAUCGUCGGCGGUGUGAAUCUGAUCAUGGGUCCAACCACGACGGCCGCCAUGACGGAAGAAGGAAUGCUCUCCCCGGAGGGAUCAUGCAAGACGUUUGACGCCGCGGCCAACGGUUACGGCCGCGGAGAAGCCAUCAACGCCGUCUACAUCAAGCUGCUGGACGAUGCCAUCCGGGACAACAACCCCAUCCGAGCAAUUAUUCGCGCUUCGGGAACAAACAGCGACGGCAACAGUCCGACGCUGCUGACACCCAACAGCGCUAUGCAUGAGGCUUUGAUGCGCAAGGUUUAUUUAGACGCCGGGCUGGACCCCAGCAAGACUGCUUUUGUCGAAUGCCACGGUACAGGAACCCCUACGGGUGACCCUUUGGAGACAAAUGCAGUCGGUAAUGUCUUUGGAGAACGCGGGGUGUACAUUGGAUCUGUCAAGCCGAAUGUCGGCCAUUCCGAGGGAGCCUCUGGCUUGACGAGCUUGAUCAAAGCCGUGUUGGCUUUAGAAAACAAUACGAUUCCUCCCAACAUUAAAUUUUCUACGCCCAACCCCAAAAUACCAUUUGAAGACAAGAAGCUCGUAGUACCCACGAAACCAGUGGCCUGGCCGGCUGAUCGUGAUCGUCGUAUCAGUGUCAACUCGUUUGGCAUCGGCGGUUCCAAUGCUCAUGUCAUCCUAGAAGCUCCCCCGGCUAUCGAGCUUCAGACUACAACCGUUCCUUGCGUUCGUCCCAAUGGACCGCGACUCCUGCUCGCCUCUGCCAACACGGCUAAGUCGGCCAAGAAGGCGGUGGAGAACAUUCAACAGUACCUGAGCCAACACCCCGCGGUGGUCGAUGACGCUGCGUACACCCUCGCAUUGCACCGCGAUCACCUGCCGCAACGAGCGUUCAUGGUGGCCUCUGCCGACGGCAGCAUCUUGGAGACGUCGUCCAUCGCCAAGGCUCCUAACGCGAAGCCCAAGCUCCUCAUGAUCUUCACAGGCCAGGGGGCCCAGUGGCCUAAAAUGGGCAAGGAGCUGGUACAAACAGACGAAGGCUUCAAGAGGGACUUGUCAGCCAUGGACAAAAUUUUGAAGGGUCUGCCGCACCCCCCGACCUGGAACAUUGAAGAUGAACUCAUGGCCCCUGAAGAAUCGAGCAAGCUUCACACGGCUGCCCUCUCGCAGCCCAUCUGCACUGCCCUCCAGAUAGCCAUGGUCAACUACCUGCGGCGCGCCGGCAUAAGCCCGGAUGCCGUUGUUGGUCACUCGAGCGGCGAGAUCGCAGCAGCAUAUGCCGCCAACCUGAUGUCGCUGGACGACGCCAUCAUCUCGGCCUACUACAGAGGCUACGUGUCGUCGUGCACGUCAAUGGGGGGAGGCAUGGGCGCCGUCGGCCUCGGCGUGGACCAGGUUGCCCCAUACAUCAACGGGCUGGAAAAGGUCGUCAUCGCCUGCGACAACAGCCCGCAAAGUGUCACGCUGUCAGGAGACGUCGACGUCCUCGACAAGGUUCUCGAACGGAUCCAACGCGACAGGCCGGACACGUUGGCCAGGCGGCUCAAGGUCGACAUGGCCUACCAUUCGCAGCACAUGGAACAUGUUGCCGACUUGUACGAGCAACUUCUUUUGCAGAGCUUGCCAGCAGUAGUCGCACGAGGCGGCGAGGGCGAGAAGAAGCCAUCCGGCGUCGCGCUUCUUCCCAUGUUCUCCUCCGUCACCAACUCGGUCAUCACCUCCCCCAGCGAACUCGGGCCGUCCUAUUGGGUUUCUAACCUGGUUUCGCGGGUUCGCUUCAGCGGAGCCGUGCAGACGUUCCUAGCAGAGCAGCAGCCCGGCAGCGCCGUCUUCCUCGAGGUCGGCCCGCACUCGGCGCUCGCCGGCCCCCUGCGCCAGAUCGCCGCCGCCACCGGGACGGGCCGCGAUGAAGGUUGCUGCUACGUCUCGGCUCUGAUCCGCGGCCGAGACGCCCAACACACCAUGCUCGCCGCGCUCGGCCAGCUCUACCAGAACAACGUCAGCGCCGACUGGUCCGCGGCCGUCGUGGCCCCGGGACCGCGGUCGGUGCUAACGAACCUGCCUCGCUAUCCCUGGGACCACAGCGGCGGCUCGUUCUGGUACGAGUCCCGCUUGUCCAAGGAGUUCCGCAUGCGGCAGGUCGGCCACCACCCGCUGCUGGGCUUGCGCAUCCACGAAAGCUCGCCGCUCGAGCCUCUCUGGCGCAACAAACUGACCCUGGUCAGUGAGCCGUGGCUUGCGCAUCACAAGAUUCGCACCGACGCCGUAUUCCCCUUUGCUGGCUAUCUCGCAAUGGCCGGCGAGGCCGUCCGGCAGCAUACCGGGAUCGAGUCCGGGUACCAGGUGCGGGACGCCUCGGUGCACUCGGCUAUGAUGCUGUCGGACGAUGAGGUCGAGAUCGUGACGUCGCUGAGGCCCCGGAGGCUGACCAAGACGACUGACUCCAGCUGGUUCGAGUUCUGUAUCGUGUCCUACAACGGUGUCGGCUGGACCAAGCACUGCGAUGGCCAGGUCAGGGCAUGCACUGAGCAGCCUCCGGUCGCUUCCUCGAGGCCGGACCCUGAGACCAUGGUCCGCCGUGUUGGCAAGAGUCAGUGGUAUGAGAACAUGGACAACAUUGGCAUCGUCUACGGCCCCGAUUUCCAGUCGCUGACCGACAUCGCCUCGUCCGUGACGGACAACGUGGCCACCGCCGUCGUCCAAGCAGGCGAAGCCCGGGCAGCCGACCCGGCUUUCCCUAUGCACCCCGCUAUCAUCGACGUCGCCUUGCAGUUGAUCCUUGUCGCCAUGGUACAGGGCGUCGGCCGGCGCUUCGGCCCUCUGAAGAUGCCCACUACGAUCAAGGAACUGACCGUGUUCCGUGGCUCUCCAGUUAUGGAGGCAUUUUCCUGGGCACCCCCUCGGGGCGGCGAGCAUGAAGUCGGCGUGGAGAUAACAACGGGUGGCAAUGUUGUCCUCCGUCUCCGCGGUCUCGAGCUGAAGCAGGUCGACAACGAUGGUGGCGGCAGCAACAACACCACGUCUUUGUUGUUACAAGAGUCCCACGCGGCAGCUCGCCUUGAAUGGGUUCCCCUGUUCGACAUGGUCGAUCACGCCACGCUCUUCACCCCGCCCUUGUCCAUCCAAGAGGACACAAUCCUCCAGGAGAAGAUGACCCUGCUCUGCAUUCUCGAGAGCGGUCCUGCGGUCCACGGGCUCGAGGCCUGCAAUUGGCACUUUGACAAGUUCCGCGACUGGCUUGUCGUGGAGAUCGACCGGGCCAUGAACGGCACGUAUCCGGUUCUCGGAGCAGAAGACGUAAAGACGCUGGUCGCGCUUCCUUCAGCCGACAGACGUGUCAUGAUUGACCACCUCUGCCGGGUCCUGGCCAAGGAUUCGCCCAAGGGCGCCCUGGCACUCUGCACAAAGCGCGUGUUCGACAACGUCCGAGAUGUAUUUGUCGGCCGAACAGAUCCCCUCGACCUUCUCAUGCAGGGAAACCUGCUGACACGGGUAUACGACUGCAUCAGCUAUGGCAAGGGCGACUUCUUCAAGCUCUUUGCCAACGCGCGACCCAACUGCCGAAUCCUUGAGAUCGGCGGCGGCACCGGCGGCACAACGGAGAUGAUCCUCCGCCACAUCAUCCGGCCAGGCGGGCUUCCGGCAUACGACACGUAUACCUUCACCGAUAUCUCGGCAGGCUUUUUCCCGCAGGCCCGCGAGCGCUUCGCCUACGCCCCGAACAUGGAGUACAAGGCCCUGGACAUCAGCCGAUCCCCGUUCGAGCAGGGCGGAUUCGAGCCCGACUCGUACGAUAUCAUUCUCGCGCCCAACGUCAUCCACGCCACCAAGAGCAUCCGGGACACGCUCGGGAACCUCUACCCCCUUCUGCGGCCCGGCGGUAUGCUCGUCAUGACGGAGCUCUGUGCGCUGGUCCGCACGCCCAACUACAGCUUUGGCACCUUUGCCGGCUGGUGGCUCGGCCAGGACGACGGGCGGCCCCUGGAGCCGUACAUCAGCCUUGAGAGGUGGGACGACGAGCUCAAGGCAUGCGGCUUCUCGGGAGUUGAAACAGCCGUCCUCGACGAUGAGGAGCCGUACCAGUACUGCGCCGCCAUCGUCAGCACCAAGCCGGUGGAUGUGGGGGGCAACGGCGGAAAUGACCUUGCCUUGUCCACCUCUGCAUCUCGAUUUUCGGCCAGAACCAUUGAUACGGGGACCAAGAGCGCGGAGAGCAGUAACUGCCAACCCGAAGUAACCGUUUUGGUAGAUGACCGAACCAGCUCCCUUGCCAAGGGCGUGGUGGCUCAGCUCGAACGGGACGGUUUCCGGGCGUCCGUUUUCACGCUGAGCGAAGAUGCCGCCAUCCCUCACGACCGUGAAGUCGUCUCGCUGCUCGACGUGGAAUCCUUCUUCUUCCAAGACAUCACGGCGGAACGAUGGGCCGCCUUCCAGAAGAUACUGCAGAACCACGAGGCUGGGAACAUUCUCUGGGUCACCAAACCUGCUCAGGUAAACUGCAAGGAUCCAAGGUCGGCGCAAGCCCUCGGCGUGGCGCGCUCCGUCCGCGCAGAGUCCAAGGUGCCUUUUUACACCCUGGAAGUUGCUGAAGCGGCCGAGGCCAAGUCGACAGAACUGCUGAGUAAGGUUCUACGCAAGAUACGAAGUGGUGCUGAUGCUACCAAUAACGGCCUGCUCGCGUCCGACAUGGAAUAUGUUAUUGACGACGGCGUCAUCAAGGUUGGCCGCUACCAGCCUUUUUCCCUCAAGGAGGAGCUCCGCCAGAUUUCUACCCAGCACCCAGCCGAAGCCGGGUCUCGAGUGGUUUCGAUGACGACGAGCCUGCAAACCAAGCACGCCGGCUCACUCGAGAACCUUGUCUGGGUCAGCAAGGAGGUGGCCCAGCCCGAGGCGUCCGGCCUUGGAGAUGAUGAGGUUGCUAUUGAUAUCCGUGCGGUUGGCCUGAACUUCAAAGAUGUUCUAUUCGCCAUGGGUGUUUUGAGGCCUGCCGGCGGGGAGACGACGGUCCCCUUGGGCCUCGAGGUCGCAGGCGUGGUGACCAGCAUUGGACGUAACGUAACUGGGCUGGCUGUUGGGGACAGGGUCAUGGCCAUGCCGCCGACGUCCUGCUUCCAAACAGCUAUCACCACGCCGGCCGACCUAGUCGAGAGGAUCAGUGACGAUAUGACUUUUGCCGAAGCUGCCACGAUUCCCGUUGUCUUCAGCACGGUUAUCGAGAGUCUUAUUAAUCUCGGCCAACUGGAAAGGGGACAGUCCGUUCUCAUCCACGCAGCAACCGGUGGAGUUGGUCACGCUGCCAUUCAAUUGUGCCAGUUUAUGGGCGCAGAGAUCUACGCCACCGUCGGCAGCGAAGCCAAGGCCCAGUAUCUUGUCGAGACUUUCGGUAUUGCACGAGACCACAUCUUCAACUCUCGUGACGCUUCCUUUGCCGUGGGACUGAAGAAAGCGACGAGCGGACGCGGCGUUGACAUUGUCCUGAACUCGGUCUCGGGAGAACUCCUCCACGCGUCGUGGGAAUGCGUGGCUGCCUUUGGAAAGAUGAUUGAGCUCGGCAAGCGAGACAUCAUUGAGGAGGGAAGCCUCAACAUGCGCCAUUUCUUAGCCAACAGAUCGUAUUGCUGCGUUGACCUGACCCUGAUGUGCCAGGAGCGUCCGCAUAGAGCUAGAGGGCUGCUGAAAAGGUGUGCCGAGCUGCUCAAGGCUGGCGCCAUCAAGCCGCUGAAACCCAUGUCGACUUUUGAGGCCAGCAACGUCCAGGACGCUUUCCGGUGGGUUCAGGAAAGCAGCCACAUUGGAAAGGCCGUCGUCAUGAUGCCGGAACACAUCGGCUCGCAACUCGAGAGUACGCCAGAAUCACAACCGCUUCGUAUGGACGGCAAGGCUUCGUACCUCAUCACCGGCGGUCUAGGGGGUCUCGGUAUCCCCAUUGCGACCUGGCUCGUCGAGCGUGGCGCAAAGUCGCUCGUUUUCCUCUCUCGGACCGCUGGUCAAAAGCCCAAAGACCGGGCGCUCAUAGCCGAACUCGAAGCGGCGGGCUGCUUAGUCGCCUGUGUCGCAGGCCGCGCCGAGUCGCCCGCCGACGUGGAAAAGGCCAUUUCCUUGUCGCCCUACCCCAUUAGGGGCGUACUUCACCUUGCGAUGGUGCUGCGCGACGCGCCCAUUGCCAGCAUGGCCUACGACGACUGGCUUGCCGCCAACAACCCCAAGGUCGGGGGAGCAUGGGCCCUGCAUGAAGCCUUCAAGCAGAUGCCGCUCGACUUCUUCGUCAUGGCCAGCUCUUUAGUCACCGUGGUGGAGCAGCCGGGCCAGGGCAACUACAGCGCCGCCAACACGUUCCUCGAGGCCUUUACGCAGUACCGCCGCAGCCUCGGCCUUCCGGCGUCUAUACUCAACAUCUGCCCGAUUGACGGCGUCGGCUUUGUGGCUGAAAACCAGUUCGCGCGGAAGAACAUGAAGGCCCAGGGGUUGUACUUCCUCCGCGAACCGGAGCUGCUCGACUUCUUGGAACUCGCAAUCAAGCUGUCGCCGGCGUCGGUCAGAACGAGCCCACAUCGCCCGAAAACCGCUCCCGCCGCCCAUGAGAGUCGCGAGGAGAAGGACGAGUCAGGGUGGCAGAAGCCUUGGGUCAGCGCUGGCCAGGUCAUCGUGGGCCUUCGAUCCGAGGAAGACUUGAACGACCCCAACACGCGCACAAACUGGCGCCGAGACCGCCGAAUGGGAUUCUACCACAACAUCAGGGACGGCGCCGAGUCAGGCCACGACUCCGGACAGAAAAAGUCCUCGGGCGAGCUAACGAAAUUCCUAGCGGCCGCGGCAGACAGCCCGGCUUUGCUCGCCAAGGCCGAGAGCGCCGAGUUUCUAGCCAAGGAGAUCGGUUCCAAGGUGUACGAUUUGAUGCUUAAAGACGAUGCCGAGGUAGACACGUCCUUGACGCUACAGCAGCUCGGACUGGAUUCGCUCAUGGCCAUUGAGUUGCGACGCUGGUGGAAGGUUGCCUUUGGGCUAGAGAUUAGCGUCCUGGAAAUUCUUGCUGCUAGCAGCCUUAAGCGUCUUGGCAAGGUGGCAAGCUUAGGGUUAACAGCUAAGUUUAAGUAGGGCUAUCAAUAUUAAGUUUUAAAAGGGGUUGGAGACGAGAUUACUGUUUCUGUUACUAAUCGUCUGUCUACUAUUCAGCAUACUGAUGUAAUAUACGUCUUCUAUAAUGGCAGAAUUGUAAAGCAAGGAACUUAACUUAUAAGGAGCUUUUGACGAGCGGCCCUAUAAUUAAGGAGAUGUGUGUGACUAAGAGUCUCGGCUAUUGAUACAGCAACUAUGUAGCUGGUUUGCGCGGUACUCCUGAAUAGAAGUUUUAAUGUCUGCGAAGCUUGCAUGUUACAUGCC